AUGGACUCGGGAACUGAAGAGUACGAGCUCAACGGCGCCCUGCGCCCCGUCUCCCCAGGCUCUGCUGGCUCUCCGGACGCCUCGCCACCACACUGGAGCUGGAGGACUCGGCCCAUCAAUGUGAAUCACUAUGCCAACAAGAAGAGUGCAGCUGAGAGCAUGUUAGACAUUGCCUUACUGAUGGCCAAUGCCUCCCAGCUCAAGGCCGUCAUUGAGCAGGGCCCCAGCUUCGCCUUCUUUGUACCUCUUGUCGUUCUCAUCUCCAUCUCCCUAGUUCUCCAGAUUGGUGUGGGUGUGCUGCUCAUCUUUCUUGUCAAGUACGACCUCAACAACCCAGCCAAGCAUGCCAAGCUGGACUUCCUCAACAACCUGGCCACAGGCCUGGUGUUCAUCAUUGUGGUGGUCAACAUCUUUAUCACAGCCUUCGGUGUCCAGAAGCCCAUGACUGACACAGCGCCCCAGCAGUAG